ACAGUUUCAUUUUGUAACAGAUUUUUCAGGGUCACUGUUAACUCUGUUCGUCCCUCCCCUGUAACUCUUAGUGAAUUUGUCAGACAGAGCAGAUCAUGGGAAUGAGGGUUCUGCUGUUUCUCACCCUUUUAGGGUGUGUCAGUGCAACAUACCCCCAGAUGCAUGGAGAGAUCAUUUCCCCCAACUACCCCCAGGGUUAUCCCAGCAGUAUCCAUAAGAGCUGGAACAUCUCAGUACCUCUAGGAUUUGGGAUCAGACUUUAUUUUAUUCACCUGGAUAUUGAGCCUUCUGAGAAUUGCGCGUAUGACUAUGUGCAGGUUAUUGUUGGGGGGAUGAAUGAACUGAAGCUCUGUGGGCGCAAAUCUGAGGAGUUCAAAGGAGCCCCCAUACAGGAGAAAUUCUAUCCCACUGACUUCCUGACCAUUGAAUUUCAUUCUGAUUUCUCUAACCAGGAGCGAUACACAGGAUUUGCUGCAUAUUACUCGGCAGUGGAUGUGGACGAGUGUGAGAGCUCAGAAGACAUCUGCACACAUUUCUGUAACAAUUACAUUGGAGGUUAUUUCUGUUCCUGUCCCACUGAUUAUUAUCUUAAACCAGACAACCACACCUGUGCAGGUAACUGCAGUGGGGGGAUGUUCACAGAAAUGAGGGGGCAGAUAAGUAGCCCUAGGUACCCGGCCCCUUACUUGGAGAAUGCUCAAUGUGUGUACCGAGUGCGCCUUGAGCUGGGCUUCCAGGUCAUCCUACAUUUUCAGGCCAGAGACUUUGAUAUUGAGGAAUCAGAAGAUGGGAACUGCACAUAUGACAGUCUGAUGAUCAGAGCUAGAGGGCGGACCCUGGGAGUUUUUUGUGGGAGCCGACCUCCACCUCAGAUAAUGACCGGCAGCAACGAGGUGGAUAUAAUAUUUCAGACAGACAAUGGGGGAGAAAACAGAGGCUGGAGAUUACACUACUCAGAGGAUGCCAUCCCGUGCCCGGUACCCGCUAUGCCAUAUGCUGUCUUGGAGCCCCAGAAGGACAGAUACGUGUUCAGAGAUGUUAUUGUAAUAACGUGCAAAACAGGGUUCGAAAUCAUGCAGGAUAAGAAAAAUCAUCCCUCAAUACGAUCUGUCUGCCAAGCAAAUGGAAAAUGGUCAAACGUAGACUGGCAAUGCCAGCCUGUAGACUGUGGGCCGCCUGAAGACAUAGACAUGGGUACUGUGACUUUCAAUCAAACAACAUAUGACAUGACAAUCAAAUACAGCUGCAUCUCUGAAUACUACAGAAUGAUCCUUGAUCAACCCGGGGAUGGAACCUAUCACUGCUCAUCUGAGGGAAUUUGGGUCGACAGUUUAGGGAGGGAAAAGCUCCCGAAGUGUGAAGCAGUUUGCGGUAUCGCCAGCAAUCCGCUGGUUUCCAUGUCAAGAAUAUUUGGUGGCUCCAAAGCUGCUCCCGGCAAUUUUCCAUGGAUGAUCAGAUUCCACAACCCAAAUUUUGGUGGUGGAGCCCUCAUAUCUGACCAGUGGAUCCUUACUGCUGCACAUGUAAUGCAGGAUAAUGACAACCCUAAAAUGUAUGGGGGGCUGAUUAAUCUUAGAAAACGGUAUAAACAUUUGUUGGAAGCUAAGAACGUCUUCAUUCACCCCCAUUUCAAUCUAAAUGCUGAAACAACAAAGAACUAUAACAAUGACAUUGCUCUGGUGCAACUGAUAAGAAAAGUCAAGAUGGGACCUUGUAUCUCCCCAAUCUGCCUGCCCCAGAAGGGGGCAUCAUCCUCUCUUCAGCCAGGCAAGAUUGGGUACAUUGCGGGCUGGGGAAUGACUGAAAGUUCAAACCAGGAUUGGGCUAGAGACCUAUUGUACGCUUCUAUACCUAUAAGCAGAUUAGACAAAUGUUCCUCAAUAAAAGAUGCUGUGCUCACUGAAAACAUGAUGUGCGCAGGGGAUUUAGGCAAAGACUCCUGUUCGGGGGACAGUGGGGGACCAUUUAUGUUUGAAGACCCACAAGACCCAAACAGGCAGUUUGUAGGUGGGAUUGUCUCAUGGGGAUCUCUAGAUUGUGGAAACUUUGGAUUAUACACAAAGGUAGAAAACUAUCUGGACUGGAUUGAAGAAACAAUAAGGGAUAAUGAAGAUGAGGAGGAAAAUGAACCCUAUGAUGUGUGCGCCUGAGCGAAGAGGCAAAAUGCUGAGCUCCAUUUAGAUAUAUCCAUGUUAUUAGCUAUUAGUGCCAGAAGUGUGAUCAAGUAGCUUAGACACAAUGACACCAGUUAGUCAGUUAGAUAUAUUGCACGAUUGUCUGCCAUGUUAUUAGCUAUUAGUGCCAGAAGUGUGAUCAAGUAGCUUAGGCACAAUGACACCAGUUAGUCAGUUAGAUAUAUUGCACGCUUGUCUGCCAUGUUAUUACUAUUAGUG